AGAUAAAUAUCAGGGACGCAGAUGAUAGCCCGGUGAACACCUGAACCGAGUGAAAUAGACCGGCGGUAAACCCAGAAGCCGUCACGCUGCCAUCAUGACGCUACACUGGUGGAUGCACUGGUUCUGGGUGACGAUGCUGCUGAUUCUCCUUGGCAGCGAAUCGGCUUUCGGUGCCCCCCAGUCUGAAGAGCUCCUGCACAUAACAACUGAGCUAGAAACGGAACGACAUUCGGAACGACAAAACCGUGCUCUGUACAUCAGCAAAACUGUAAUCAUCACAACCCCACACCCGUUGGUAAAAAACAUUACGUUAAACAACCAAACUGACGAGCCAAUAUUGGCGACCAACGUUACCCAAGUCAACGUGACCGAGAUCGUUCACCCAGCGAUACAGUGGACCGCGGCCAACGCAAACGUAACAGUACAGAAUAGUACUGUCAAUACAACUUUGACAACCAACGUGACAGAUGACGUCACGACGACACCGUCAAAUGCAAACAACCUCACGAGGGAAGAGUACAUCAAAGAUUUGACCCACAUCGAGGGAAUUCCUGACAGCAGGAUCGUGACCGAGAAACCAUUGUCUUUGGAGACCGCCUUCUCUCACACGAGAAUACCGAACGUAGAGUCUUCCAGGAGAAUGGUGGAAGAGGAACGAGGAAUAGACACGGGAGUUAUAGCGGGUAUCGCUUUUGCUGGUGUGGUGUUGGCAGCGCUGGCUGGCAGUAUAGCUUUCGUGCUGUACAGGAGGAGAUACCUGAACAAGCCCCAGACCUUGAAUGACAAAUGCUCGAAUCCCGACUCGAGUGGUUAUCUUGACGACAGCACUGUUAGGGAUAACUCUGAAGAGAUGUACAGUCUGGACAAUGAUUCGUUUCUGAACUCCCUGGAAGCCAUGACAAUACAGAACUACUGGACAGAUACAGUAAAACAUACUAAACUAUAACAAUGCAAGUUUGACCAUGUUAUACUUAAUCAUUGUUUCUCAACCUUGGGGUCACAGUGAUUAAAAUAUCCUGAUGACUGUUUACUACUUUAAAUCUUGGGUCAUCUUGCAAUUGGGACACUAAAAGGUUGAGACAUAAUGGUAUAAGGAAACAUGAUAAUAACAGAAUAAAAUAUUUGACUGUAAUGAAAAUAUAGUUCGAGCUGAAGUAACCAUCAACUCUAUUCUACAACAGAAAUAUUGGAUUGGUCACAUGUCUUGUGAUGUCACAAACCGCUAAACAAACCAUUUUAUUUGCAAUAUACUUAUUAAAAGGUAAAACUAUGCUGGAGGGUUACAUCACAGUUGUAAUUUGAUCUGAUUUUGUUUUAUUAUUUUAUUUAUUUAAAUUUAUUACCAAUCUUUCAUGAAAUUUUGAAUUUUAGUUAAAGUUAUAAAGGUAUUGAGUGUUGCAACUUUUUUGUGUGAUCAAAGGUAGCCUGAAUAGCAGUUAAUUUGUAUUAUAAUUAUUAUGUACUAUUAAAUAAUACAUUUUUUCACAAGAGCUGAUUAAAGCUGAGUAAUUCAAUCAGUUAUAGCAUCAUCAAACUUAUUUCUGCAGCAAAGCCAUUGUUGGUUUCCAUUUCGAAGGGAUAGUCAUUAUUUCUGCUGAAUUCCGAUAAUAGGCUCGGCCUUGUAGAUUACAAUUUUUGUACUUUCAAGGUGUGAAAACAAUCACAACAGAAUACAUCUUAUCUCGUUCCUAGCUAGGCAAAUAUUAGACACUUUAAGCUUUAGGAUUUUGUCUCCGCAGCACCAUUUAAAAAUAGAUACAUGUGGAAUUGAUUUUUUUUAUUGCCCAUGUAGACAGACGAGCAUACGACCUACCUGAUAAUAAGUGGUUACCGGCGCCCAUGGACUUCAGUAAUGCCAGGGGCAGAAAAGCUGCUGCCUACCGUUGGAUACUUAAUUGAAGACAGAAUAAAAAAAAACAUUUCUUAUCAAAACUGUUAUACAUAGUCCUAGGUAGACAGUUCUUUAUUCAUGUUUUAUAAGAUGUAUUAAGCUUUGUAAUGUCAAACUAUUAUUUCGUUGUUUCAAACUAUUUGGAAAUUUUAAAUUUAGUUUUUAAUAUUUCUAAAUAGUAUUCGAUCGCAGAAGUGAAUUUAUUAUAUAAAUUUUACUUAUUUAAGUAUAUUUUUUCAGAAUAAUCGAAACUGAGUUUUGAUGACUCUGAAGAACUCUAAAAGCCUUCGUUUCACGAUAUAAACCUUUUUAUUACACAAAGUAAAUGUACGAUCACAUGAUUUGCAUGCCGCCUGAAACUAUGGAGGGUAGAGGUAAGGAGAACCGUCUCAUAUGGGAGAAUCUUGAAAAAGUGUCCCACUAU